UGUACUAGUAAAAACUUUCAAAUUUUAGUGUUUUCAUAUAUAAAAUACAUAUAAAAUAAUGCAUAUAAUAUUUUUUCUAUUAAAAAACCCGCGUUCACAUAUGUAUAUAGCUUAUGCGCUAUGACACUAUACAGAAGACAUCAUUACAUUUUGGUUAAAAACUUAUAAUAAAACAACUAUCUAGUUUAAGAAUUAUAAGAAUUUCGAAUUUGUCUAUCAAUAUUUACGACUUCUUUAAAAAUGAUCUUAAAAAUUAUCUUUUCUGAGUAUAAUUUAUUAUAAUAUACACACAAUGGAAAGCGCGGCAGCUUCAAUAUUAAAACGAGCAGUAGAAAUGGAUAGCAAUAAACAGUAUACAAUGGCCUUAGUAUUAUAUCAGGAAGGUAUACAAAUAUUACUUGAUUCUAAAAAAGAAACAACAGAUCCAGCUAAGCAAAAGUAUUUUGCUAUCAAGGCAUCAGAAUAUUUGGAUAGAGCAGAAAAAAUAAAAAUUUUAAUUGAAAAAGAAAAGGCAACUGGUACAUAUAGAGAAUUAAUUAAAAUUGAAACUGAUAGCAUAGGACAUGGUUAUGGUACUGUUUUUGGAAGAUUUUUAGAUGCAACUGUUACAUAUAUUAAUAUUGAAGAUCCUUAUAUAAGAGCAUUUCAUCAGUGUCAAAAUUUUGUAAGAUUAUGUGAAUUAGCUGUAAGAAAAUGUCAUGCAUUAUCUAAAAUAUCUUUAGUUACAACUCUUGAUCCAGAUGAUAAAAAAAAUCAAAUAGCAAGAUUAAAUGAAUUAAAACAAAGUUUAUCAUCUCAUCUUAUUUCUUUUGAAUUUAAAUUUUCUGAUACUCUUCAUGAUAGACAAAUUAUACUUAGCAAUGGCUGGAUAAUUAAAAUCGGUCGUGGAUUGGAUUAUUUUAAACCACCUAAUGGAAAAUUUGUAUUAGGUGCUUGUGAUCUUGAACUAAGACCUUGUUCAGAAACAACUAUAGAUAUAUUUCAUAAAAGUCAAGUAAAUAAUGAUCAAAAAGUGAUUUAAACUGUAAAUUAAAUAAUAAUAUUUUAUAAUAAUGAUAAAUAAUUAAUAAUGAAAAAAUUAAUUUUAUAUAUUCAUUACAUUUAAUUGAAUUUAAAUUAUAUAAUUUUUAUAGAACUUGACUUGCA